AUGGAUUCUGCACCAGAGACUCCUGUUCACACGGCCGAGGUUGAGAACGAGCAACAAACGGCUCAAGGAACAUCCAGUCCAUAUCCAUCCCAUCCGAUUGUCCAACUUCAAGGCCCAUUUGAAGAAUCAAUUGUGGAAACGACUGAUGGUUCAAGAACUAAUUGGGUCGUUGACAUUGACGCGCAGAAACGGCGGCGCGAUCUAUUAGAAAACCCUCAAUACGAGCGGCUUUGUGGGCGAAAAUGGCGCCAAAGGGCCUCUGAAAAAUAUCAUCCGUUUUGGAAAUUAAUUUCCCAAAUGGUCUUCGGAGUACACCUCCUAGCCAAGAACCUGGCGAAAUCCGAAGGCUCAGUCAUGAGGAUUCUACAGAAACACGUGAAUGAGCUGGAUGGCUUUUUGGAAAGGACCACUGAAGACUUUUUGAUCAUCCGACUAGACGUUCGCACUCGAAUUCAGUAUCUCAAUCUACCGCUGGGAAACCUCGAUGUCUUCGAUGAGAUGCUCCAAGACCGGAAUUUCCGGCUAUCAGUUGUAGCCUAUAAUGAUCAGAUCGAACAUUCCAUUGAAAGGUUCUCCCUUGCCAUCACGGACUCACUUAAAGACCUACAAAAGGCAAAGGAGGCCAUGGGAGCGCUGUGGUUCUACUUCCGGGAACUUACAGAAGAGGGUUGCUUCGAGUCCGAGAGCCUCAAGGCUUUCCAUCAGGCCAUGAUGGACAAUAUGGAGGGCUGGAUUGUCGCCAUAUCAAAACUUCGUCGACAGGGUAGGGCCCUUAACAAGGCCAUGGGCCAACUUGGCCUGGCGACUACACAAAUGCAACGACGAGUGGGAGUAGCGAGUAGAAAGGAUGUGCGAUCGUUUAUCAAACAAACUAGCAAGACUGCAAGUCGAAGCAAGUCAAUUACACAAAUGCUCUUUAAUAAAGAACGACCCGUAUCAGAAAAACCUCUCCCUCGGGAUCCAUUAUCGAAGCCAAAGAGGACACCGACGGCUUCCAAGCAGUUGGAUACUCCCGCCCCAAUUGAAGAUAAACCCGACAACCCUGCAGACCAAUCUGUCCCAAGCGAUGGCAUUCGGCGCAAGAUUAUGAGUCGGGCCAAAUCAUGCAGUGCUCUUAUAGCAGAAGCCGGCGCCGGCGCCGGCAACGAACCACCUCCCCUUCCAUCGACACCCGGAAAACUCAAACAUAGGCUCUCAAAGCCUUUCUUACUCAAGCGAUCCACCAGCGAGAAAGUCGACUUGGCACAAGUCCGACCGAAAACAGCACCUUCACAACCUUCACAACCCUCACGACCCUCACGCAGCAUCUCCAUAGAACAACUCCGGGCAUUCUGCACCACUCCGCGCCCCCGGACCGGUCAAUCUACAGUCGAAUCGCCCACGAAAGCGCGACAGCAGGCCCACAACCAACUAACAAAUGGCCGAGAGACAAUGAAGGAUCAGAUAUCUCAGUUCCUCAAGACGGACCGGGUGGUCGAAGCCUGGGAUAGCGUGUCUAAGACCGCGUGCUGUACUCGCCCGAUUGUGAAGACGAAAGACUGGCCCAGCAGCAUCUUCCGAGCCAAGUCAUCUUCUACCACCCUACAAAACAAGGGCAACGACACAAGCCUCUCCGGGCCGGACCUGGACAGACAGAUGUCCUGGGUACAAGAGACAUUCGACGUAUUACCUACAUACUCGUUCAAACCGAAGUUUGACAUGUCACCCCGGAUCCAUGUCGUAUCAGUGCAUAUGACCCUGGAUGAGGACGCUAAUGGGGUGGCUGAGAGAGAGGCGAGUUUGGAUCUGAGAAGUGAAGUCGGGUCGAGUAUCACCGCGUUGCCGGCUGUGCCGACGCCCAUUCCACCGAUUGCGUUGGAGCAUCGAUCUAGAUUGAUCGACUGUGCUUAA